ACCCUCAUCCAAACAUUUUGCGGCGAACGCGGAGGUUAACAAUUUCCACCUUCACCAUCCCUACGCCAACACCAACACCAACACCUACACCUGUACCAUCCUAAGCAAUGUUCUCAAGAAGGGUAUUCCCAUCGGCCUUCCGCGCCGCAACCCGAGCAAUUCGCCCCUCCGCCGCAACAAACCCCUGCUUCCUCACGGCGCAACAGAUACGUCUUCUCUCCGAUGAUAUGCGAAAGGCGAUCGACAAAGCUGUGGGCUCAGCACCGGUUGUACUGUUCAUGAAGGGCACACCAGAGACACCGCAAUGCGGGUUCUCGAGAGCAAGCAUACAGAUUCUGGGCAUGCAGGGAGUGGAUCCGGAGAAGUUCACGGCGUUUAACGUGCUGGAGGAUAAUGAUUUGAGGCAAGGCAUCAAAGAGUACUCGGAAUGGCCUACGAUACCCCAGCUCUACGUCGACAAGGAAUUCGUCGGUGGCUGCGAUAUUCUCAUGACGAUGCACCAGGACGGAUCGCUCGCGAAGAUGCUAGAAGAGAAGGGCGUGCUAGUCCCCGCGGAGAAGGAAGCUGAGCCACCGAAGUAACGUAAUUACGCAAAAGGAACGAAAGAGCGAGUGAGCGAAUAAUUGUACUAUACUACCUCAGCUGCAUCGGAUGGCGGAAGACCAGUGGAAGCGGUCUCUGGGAAUGUAAGAUUGAGGGCGUAUAUAUAUUGCACAUACGAAAGCAAAUUGCUUGGAGGAGUGAACGAUUGCGUGAAUGACGUCUCCUUUUCCUUCCUGGCUUCGUCAUUCACCGGUUCACAUCCCUUUGGCCGAUGAGAUA